AUGGACCAGGGGUCAUGGGGGUUUCACCAGAAAUGCUCAAAAAGUGGCUGUGUUGGACUUAAGCUGUGUUGGUGUCUGAUUUUUUUUGUGUGGCUGAAGCUGAGUGAGAAGAAGAUCACGGAGGCCUUGCUGAAGGAAAGGGAUAAACAGGCAAAAUGGAAUGGGAUCCCCUUGCUGUUGCAGAAACUGUAUGAGCACAGCCACCCAAACAGCGACUUCUCCCAGUGCCAAAGCAUCCUAAAGGAAAUUUCUCCUCUCCUUUCAAUGGAAGCCAUGGUUUAUGUCACAGAGGACAGAAAAGCUGCUCAAGAGUCCAGUUUCCCAAACACAUACACAUUUGACUUGUUUGGAGGAGUCGAUCUUUUAGUAGAAAUUCUCAUGAGACCAACUCUUAUUACACAGAAAAAGAAGCAGAAAAUAAGUGAUGACCUCAUCAAGGACUGUUUAAGCAUACUGUACAACACCUGUAUAUGUACGGAAGGAGUCACAAGGCGGCUGGCAGAGAGAAAUGACUUUGUGUUGUUCCUGUUUACACUGAUGACAAACAAAAAGACAUUCCUACAAACUGCAACGCUGAUUGAAGAUAUCCUGGGAGUUAAAAAGGAAAUGAUCCAGCUGGAUGAUAUUCCCAACCUGGCAAGCCUGGUGUCCAGCUUUGACCAGCAGCAGCUGGCCAACUUCUGCAGGAUCCUGGCUGUCACCAUCUCAGAGCUCGACACGGGCAGUGAUGACAAGCACACACUUCUGGCCAAAAAUGCCCAGCAGAAAAAAAACUUGGGCCCUUCCCGAGCUGAAAUUAAUCAAGCUACACUUCUGAAUAUUCCAGGCUUCAUUGAGCGGUUGUGCAAACUGGCCACACGGAAGGUGUCUGAAACAACAGGAACUUCCAGCUUCCUGCAGGAGCUGGAGGAGUGGUACACCUGGCUGGACAAUGCCCUCGUGCUGGAUGCACUGAUGAGAGUGGCAAAUGAAGAGGCAGAGCAGAGCAGUACAGAGUCUUCAGAUGAGAGUGGACUGGCCAACACCUCCACAAGGACACAGCUGCCCCAGUCCAUGAAGAUCAUGCACGAGAUCAUGUACAAGCUGGAGGUGCUGUAUGUUCUCUGUGUGCUGCUCAUGGGCAGGCAGAGGAACCAGGUUCAUAAAAUGAUAGCGGAGUUCAGACUCAUUCCUGGCCUCAAUAACCUGUUUGACAAACUCAUCUGGAGGAAGCACUCAGCCUCAGCCCUUGUUCUGCAUGGACACAACCAGAACUGUGAUUGCAGCCCGGAUAUUACUUUAAAGAUACAAUUCUUGAGGCUUCUUCAGAGCUUCAGUGACCACCAUGAGAACAAGUAUCUCCUUUUGAACAGCCAGGAGCUGAAUGAGCUGAGUGCAAUCUCCCAUAAAGCCAACAUCCCUGAAGUGGAUGCAGUUGUCAACACUGACAGGAGCCUUGUCUGUGAUGGGAAGAGAGGUUUGUUGACCAGACUGCUUCAGGUCAUGAAGAAGGAACCAGCAGAAUCCUCCUUCAGGUUUUGGCAAGCAAGGGCAGUUGAAAGUUUUCUGCGAGGCACCACCUCCUAUGCAGAUCAGAUGUUCCUCCUCAAGAGAGGACUCCUGGAGCAUAUUCUCUACUGCAUUGUUGAUAGUGAGUGCAAGUCACGGGAUGUGCUUCAGAGUUACUUUGACCUUCUGGGAGAGCUGAUGAAAUUUAAUAUUGAUGCAUUCAAGAGAUUCAACAAGUACAUCAACACAGAUGAAAAGUUCCAGAUAUUUUUAAAUCAGAUCAACAGCUCUCUGGUGGACUCCAACAUGCUGGUUCGCUGCAUCACGCUGUCCCUGGACCGGUUUGAAAAUCAGUCUGAUGCUAAAGUUGCAGAAGUCCUGUCCGAGUGCCGCCUGUUGUCCUACAUGUCCCAGAUGUCCAUGAGAAUGUCCUUCCUCUUCCGUCUCAUUAACAUUAUCCAUGUACAGACACUCACACAGGAAAAUGUCAGUUGUUUGAACACAAGUUUAGUUAUCCUAAUGCUGGCCCGAAGGAAAGAAAAGCUCCCUUUUUAUCUGCGCACCUUGCAACAGAUGGAAUACACAGAAAAAUACCCUGGAUUCAUCCUGAACAACUUCCACAGUCUCCUGCGAUUCUGGCAGCAGCAUUACCUCAACAAGGAUAAAGACAGCACCUGCUUAGAAAAUAGCUCCUGUAUUAGUUUUACCUACUGGAAAGAGACUGUUUCGAUACUGCUCAGUCCGGACCGGACGUCCCCCUGUGCCAUAGUCAGCUACAUCGACGAGGCGUACAUGGACAUUGACAGAGACUUUUCCGAGGAGUAAUUCCCCGCUCCAGCCUCUGACGGACAGCUCGGAGGGUCCCUGGCAGCCCGGGGAUUUUCAGGGAUACGCUGUGUAGUGUGUGUGUGUGUGCGCAGCUCGGAGCUGCGGAGCGUCGUCCCACCCCCGCCCCUGCCGGCCCCCAGCUCUGACCUCCGACACUCAGACAGCUCUCUGGGCAACACAUUCAGGGAUGUAUCUUCCAGUUGUUCUGGGAUAAAAAUUAUCACCUGCACAAAC